UUUCAGGAGUUUCUUUGAACAGCUAUGAUGAAAAGGAAUGACAACUUGUCAAGCAGACCACCAGCAGGCUGCCUCCCAGUGCCGCUAUUCAAUCAGAAGAAAAGAAAUCGAAUUCCUUUGACGUCGACUCCCUCUGAGAAUGACUUCUUUUCUCACAUGCCAAGUACCAGCUCACCUGCUCCCUGUGGUGCAUCAGGUUCCUCUUUUGAUGUGCGUCCGAGUCACCAGUGGAACAAACAAGACAUCUCACGAUCUACUCAGUCCCAACAAUAUGGCGGCUAUAGACCUGCACCAGCAAAGAGAUCUUACACACCUUUACCACAUCCGUACAAAGCUGGAAGUACAAACUCUAUGAUGGGAACGGCCAGCAACCCAGAGAGACAACAGGAUGCCAGAUCAAUUUUCACUUUCAGACAGAAGCAAUAUCAAACCCCUUCCAGCGGUCAUAGUGGGUUCUCUCGGUUGAGCCAGCAACCAUCUUACAGGCCGCCCGACCCUACGCAGUUCCGAUCUCUGCCUCCUCCUGCCCAACUAUCCAGUGGACCAGCUACUCAGAUACAAAACAAAUGGAAUUUUACAAAUAGUUUUGGACCGCAGAAACCCACAUUUGUGGGGAAUAGGAGUGCAAAUAAACCCCAGACUCCACAAGAAACUCAAACGCAGGAAAGUGUUCCAAAAAAAGCACCGUUUGACAGCUCACUCAGGAUUUUGACCGCAGUCAUUGAGGGCAUGAGACACUGGAGCCAGUUCAAAGACAAAGUCCUCUAUUUUUUUGAGCUGUUUGCUACUCUUGACUCCGCUGUCACACUCGGUCACCAUGGAUCCAAGAACUUCCUGUUGAGAGAUGGAAAGCAGGUUGUGCAGUGUGUCUUCUAUGAAAAUGAGCGAGAGCUGCCUCGUCUUAUCCGUGGUCAAGUUCAUCGCUGCGUGGGUAACUACGACCGCAGCAAAGAUGUCCUGGUGUGCGUGUCAGUGCGAGCAGCCAAGCCCUCGGAGGUCAGCAACGCUCCGGAGGCCAUCAAAGCCUGCGACGCUCACAUGCGCAAACUCGUCAGAUUACUUCAUGAAGUGUGACUACUGAAAGCAAAAUCUGCUGACAAGUAGAAUUCAUGGGUGGAGCAAAUA